AUGCUCGAAAGAUGACAAGGCUGUUGAUGCUGAAUGAAGGGAAGGACUAAAGAGCGGAACCCAUACACUUAUUUUAACUCACACAGAGAUCAGGCAAUUGUCUAUAUUUUCAGGCUUAGAGCUGGAUUUAACUCAGCUGUAUAUUCUCAGAAUUUAAGGCAUUUAAGCCAUACAAGUUUAUGUAUGUGUUGUGGAUGAUGAAGAAAAGAUGAAGUUCAUAUUAUUUAA